AGCCGCCGAGCUCACACAACCGCAGGCCGGGCCGCCGCCGGAGGGGCCGCCGCGGACGACCUUCCUCCUCCUCCUCUUCCUCCCGCUCCAUCCCGCGGACCCGCCAUGGACUCGCUGCCGGGGGAGGACCUCACGCUGCCCUUGGGGUUCAGCGGCAGUGUCAACAUUUCGCAAUUUCCUGAUGUCUCGGGAGAUGAAAUUCGCAUUCAACUCGGAGGUGGAGGAGUACUCCCCGAUGUGGCUGAAGAAACCAUUUCACCAAGCAGGGUGCGGACCAUGAAGGAUUUUGAAACUCAAAUCACGGAGCUGCGCAAGGAGAACUUCAACCUGAAGCUGCGGAUCUAUUUCCUGGAGGAGCACAUGCAGCAGAAAUUCGACGGUCCCAACGAAGACAUCUGUCGCGUUAACAUCGAGCUCAAAGUUGAACUGGAAAGCCUGAAGCGAGAACUGCAGGAACGGGAGCGGCUGCUCGUCAAGGCUUCCAAAGCCGUGGAGAGCCUGGCGCAGGGGGGCGACGCCGAGGUGCAGGCGCUGAAGGAGGAGAUGCAGAAGAAAGCCCAGCAGGUGGAGUGCCUGGCCAGCAGGAUGAAGAUUCUGGAGGAGGAUCUCCGGGUGGCCCAGGAAGAAACAGGGAAGGCACUUGCAGUGACGGAGCAGGAGAGGGUUCUGAGACUAGCAGCUGAGCGGCAGCUGUCUCUGAGGGCCAGCGUGCCGCCGAAGGAAGCCGAAGUAUUGACUGCACUGGAAGAGAAAGACAGACGCAUCGAACAACUGAAUCUGUCGCUGACGAGCAAGGAGGCUGUUAUCCAGCGCUUGGAAGAGGCCGCAUCCCAGAGAAGGUCUGUGGAGGAGACUCUGGUGGCAGAAAAAAUCCAAGAGCACACAGCCGCUUUGAUGCGCGAGAAAGAGAAGGAACUGGAGGUGCUCAGAGCAGAAUUUGGCAGUGAGAGGAACGACUUUGAAAAGAGAGUUCAGUCACUCCAGGAGGAACUGCACCAACAGCAGCUGGAGUUUUCCGUCGAAAAGAGAAACGCACUGAAGCGCGACAAAACGAUCCAAGGCUUGACGCUUGCCUUAAAAACCAAGGAGAAGGAGAACGAAGAGCUUAGUUCUGAAAUCGAAGGCUUAAAUGCAUCCCUGAUCAAGUGCAGAGAGGCCGUCCAUACAGCACAGAUGCAGAAAUUCAGGGGUGUUGAGGAUUCCCAGGCCCUGCUGAGGGAAAAAGAGAGCAUUCUGGCGGACUUGCAUUCCGAAAACUUGAACAAAGAUACGGAGAACCUUCGGCUCCAGAAGAAAAUUAAGAGUGCUGAGCAAGAGCUCCAUGAUCUGCGUCUGGAGAGAGAGAAGUUGAUGAAGGAGUUGGAGGAAGCCCAGUUGCAGAAUAACAGGAGCGACAAAACUAUUAAUGACCUUCGAAACCAGCUCGAGAAAACCCACGAUGGGAUGGCUGAGAAAGAGAAGGCGACGGAGCAUCAUUACGGCCUCCUCUUGAGCGAAAGCAAUCAGAAAUUGCAGAGCCAAGAAUUAGUCAUCACACGCCUAAUGGACAAUGUUGCUCAGAAGGAUGAGUUGCUCCAGAACCUUGAUGGGGUGGUGAGAAGAAAGGAUGUGGAGCUUCAGGAAUGGUGUGCCAAAUUCCACAGCCUUUUAAAAAAUCAAGAGCUGCUUCAGCAGCAGAAUGAAGAUUUGCUCCAGGAGAAGCGAGUGGACCAUUCACAGCAGCUGGUGGCCGAGACAGUCCAGGAAUUACAGAAAAAAAGGGAAUCUGAAUACAGAGAUCUGAUUGAAGCCCUGAAACAACAGCACAACAUGUUUUCAGCCCUAAUCAAGUCCCUGAAAGACGCCGAUGGCAAACACAGCUUGCAAGAAGAAUUGAACCACAUUUUCCUGUUGCGUAAGCAACUUGAAGAUGACAUCUUGGCCAACUGGAAUUUGCGGAAAGUGCUGGAAGAUCAGAUCAAGGCUAACAGAAGGGAAGAAGAAAGUGUGUCGUCUUGGAGUGAUCAGACGUCCUACAUGAGCAUCUGUUUAAGAGAGCAGAAUUGUGUGGACGUGCAGAUUGACCAUCUGAGCCACGAGGAGCUGAAGAAAAAGGUGGUGGAACUCUGCACAGUGGUGAAGGAGCUGCAUGUGGCAAACCAAGAACUGAGCAAGAAGCUGUUUGAAUUCAGUGCGUUGGAUCCCUUGGCCAAGGAGAGGUGGAAGGCAUUGGAAAGCAGUGAGCUUCUGGAAAGAGCAGAAGAAAACCGCACAUUGACGGAUGCUUUCGAGGAAGAGAUGAGCGUUCCAAGCCGCCCGUGCCCUGAAACCGUCACCGAGCAGGUAAUUCCUUCAGACUAUUUGGAUAGACAAUGUAAGAAUCUAAAUAAGUCUGUGUUUGAACAUGAGGCGGCUGUCGAGAAAUGCUGCGGCGGGAACACGGUGGGCGAAAAUGGUGAAGCACAAGAGGAAGGUUCAGUCGUAUCCCUUUUAAACAGAAAUGGAGCAGCGGCGCCUGGAUCUAGACAGGAACAAAUGAAAAUCGCAAAUCGGCUGUUAGAUCAUCUGAAUGCUAUUGGAGGAGACAGUUCUGGCGAUGAUCUUGAGAAUAAAGAUGAGAAGGCUCUCAAGCAACUGAUUCUUCAGCUGAGGGCUGACCUAGGUAAAGCCCUCCAGCACCCAGUCACAUCGAAAUCCACUCUGGUGGAGAAGGAAGGGCCUGAUUCUGAACCGGCAGUGCAGAUUAAGGCCGAGACGGAAGCAUCAAAGGGAAGUGUGAAAGAUACAGCCACGCAGACCGUGGCGGGCAAUGCCACGAGGCUGAAACCUGAAGGCCCGAGCGUGGCCACGGAAGACCAAGCGAAGUCCGCGAGGCUAAGUGGCAGGCGCCAUCCGAAGAGGGCCUGCGUGAAGGGCCAAGAGCAGGAGAGCCUUCGGCAUACGAGCAAAACGUACAAAAGCGAUCCUUGUUACCAGUUCAGGAAAUCUCGCCUGCCCAUUCCGCUGAAAUCGUCAAGGUCAGCCGGAAGCACCUCCUUCGGGGGCGCCUUGCAAAAGACGGACCAGCACCUUCAGCACCGUGUGUUCACCCUGGAUGAAGGUCUGAAAGGAAGGCGCCUGCAGCCCGAGCCCCUUAGCGAUGAGUUGCUGCCCAGCAAACCUGAGACUGGGAGACCCGAUCGGGAAGGAGCCGAUUCCUUCAUCCAGCUGGACAGCUCCGAAAUGGACUCGAGUUUGCUCACCGUGGAGAGCAAAGGAGAAACGGAGCAGGACCGGAGCACCAGCCAAGGCACCUCUCCUCUAGCCGAGUCGAUGAAACUGGAUGGCUCCGAAGUCGAAAUCAGCUUGAUCGGUGUUGAAAGCGAAGGCGAAACGGGCAAGGGACAGAACACCAGCCAAGAAACGGACACUCACACCCUGGAGGCAGGAAGAAAUCAAGGAUCUGAUUUCCCGGAGAAGCAGGGUGCCGAUGCGGCGUCCCUCUACUCGGCUUCCAAGAGCUUGCUGUCUCUCCGGCUGAGUGGGACCAGCACCCACGCCUUGGACAGCGAAGCCGUCCUCAGUGCGGACGAUCUGAGGGCACACAUCAAGGCCCUGAAGUCCAAACUGGAAGAGUAUGAGACGCUCCUGAGCCAGUUCGAGCCGGCCAAGGAGGGCCCUGCCGCCGAAGUGGCUCUGGGCGAAGCCGAAACCAAGGAGCCGACUCUUGGCGGCCGCCUUCUCUCGCCGGCCGCCUCCGUCCUGCAGCGGCCAGCGGAGUCUCAGAUCCACGCCCAGGAUCCCGUCUCCCCCGCGCCGGAGCUCGGGCGGGAAGAAACGGUGCACAGGCUCAAGGAGCUUCUGUCGGAAAACGAGGCCGAGCUGGAGAGAGAGCAGAUAGCCAACAUGCAGCUGCUGGACAAGGUCUGCCGUCUGCAGAGCAAGCUGAGGAGCGUCCCCCCGGAGUGGCUUGACUCCCCAGUCCACUCGACGAUGCGCGAGGAUUCCUUCCUGCGCCAGCAGAUCCAGGAGGGCCACAGCAUCUGUGCCACCUACCGGCAGCACCUGACCAACCUCAUCCGAGCCUUUGAGGAGCUGCUGCAGGCCAGCGAGGUGGAGUAUUACGCUGCCGAGAGCUUCCGGGAGCUGCUCAAUCGAAGCGCCCAGCUCUUCGAGAGGCUGGAGCAGCAGUGUCUGUACGGAGAGUCCAUAGAUGAGGAUAUGACUAAACUUCACGGCCUGACACACAACCUGUCCAACUUCGAGCUGUCACAGAAAUCCUCCUCCGUGGAGUUACCUGGGCACAAAACGGAACAAUUGGAGGGUGAGCCGGAGAGACUGGAAGACGUUCCAGCCAAGUUUCCCGAAGAGCUGCUGAUGGAGCAUCUCCAGGAGAUCGGGCGGCUGAGGCACCAGCUGGAGGAGUCCAUCCGGACCAACGACCGCUUGAGGAAGCAGCUGGAGCAGCAGGGGCCGGGCGCUCCCCUGGACCGAGGUUCUGCAAGCGUCUGUGUCUGUGCCUCAGAGCAACAUAAUUCCCUGACUUCUGAAAUUCAUUUCCUGAGGAAGCAAAAUCAGGCACUGAAUGUAAUGCUGGCAAAAGGAUCCCGAGACAAGCAAAAAGAAAACGAAAAGUUGCGAGAAUCCCUUUCCAGAAAGGAUCUCGCCCUCCAGAGCCUCCAGAAGGAUUUGGAAUGUCUUGGGAAGGAGAACGAGAAGCUGCAGAAGCAGGUGAAGAAGCGAGAGGAUGAGAACGGGCACCUGAGCCAGGAAGUUCACAACGCCAGGAAUGAAUUGAACAGGCUGCAGGCCGAGGUGGACGCCAAGCAACACCAGCUGUCUGAGAACGACCGCCUGCUGCGCUCGCUGCGGCUGGAGCUCACAGUCUUCGAGAAGCUGGACGAGACCCUCCGAAGCCAAAAAGAUCACAGAUCAGACGAACGCUGGAAAGAUCAAACUCACCCACUUGGCCUGCAUGGGCUGCUGACUGAAAUGCAGAACUUGAGAACGCAGCUUGAGCGAAGCAUCAAGGCGAACAAGAUUUUGCACGAGAAAUUAGAAGAGCAGCUUUCGAGAGGAAAGAGAGAGAGGGCUGCCUUGGGGUCGACCCGGAAUAUCCAGUACCUUCUCGACCCUGAGUGGGAGCACUUUCGGGGGGGAAACGAGCUGAAGUUCUGUUCCACUGACGGCGGUGUCCUUGAACUGCAGCCGAAGCAAGAAUGCGACACAGAAGCACUGAAAGCAGAUGCAGAGCUGGCCCUGGACAACGCGGACGGCUGUUCCCGAGGCAGCUCUUCGGCUAGCAAGUCCGACGAGUCGUUCCCCGUUGCCAGCCAUUUCGUGUGGGCGGACAAGAACGGGCGGCACAUCCUUGGCUUGAUUGAAGACUAUAACUCUUUACAGAAGCAAAUCUCCGAGGGGCAGAAAUGGUUGUCUGAACUGCAGCUGCUUCUGAAGGACGCAGAAACUCAGGGGCCUGGAGUGAUGGAGCUGCACCGGGUUCCUUGGAGCGGCCUUCCGAAAACUCUCCAGGCCACCCAGCUCAACCUUGAGGAAGCCGCACGCCUGUUGAAGCGUCUCUGGAGGGUCUCCGUGCCCAUGAAAGUGGUCCACAGCGCCGCUUACUCGCUCCAGGAGGAAGGCUUGAAGGCGGAGCUGCGCCGGCUGCGUCGGAAGCUGGCCGAGCAAGAAAAGAAGCUGCACGGCACGGUGAGGUGCUUGCAUGCCGCCAACCAGACGAAGGAGAACAUGGAGAAAGUCAUCAUCGAUCAGCUGGCGCUGACACACGAUGUUUUGAAGAAGGCACGAGGAAACCUGGAAGUUCACCCAGCUGAGAACAAAGCAUCCGCCUGCAGCCUCAGCAGAAGGAGGGUUUUGUGAAGGCCACGCGCCCCUGAAUAAAGACGUCUCUCUUUUUUUUCCUGCCACGAUUCUUCUUUGAACUCUUCCUCCACCCUGAAGGCCUUAACAUUUCUUGUUCUUUCUAAGAGGUCGCUUUGGAACGGCUUUCGCCAACUGUUGUCCUGCAGAUGUGCUGGACUACAAUUCCUGUCACCCACGGCCAGCGUUCGUAGGCGUUGGGAGUUGUAGUCCAGCAUCGCUGAAGGGGCGCCAAGUUCUGUGUGGUGUCUUGUGUCUGGCUAGGAAACGGAGAACCUCGGAAAGGUUCUUUGCGUGCAGCAAAUUGGGAUUUGGAUGUUGAUCGUGACCACUGUGUGGGAGUGGUGUGACGGCACGAGGACUCCCCCCCGCACCCCUGAUGUGCUGUUUUAAAAAGCACACACUUCUACUUUUCUAAACAAUGGUACUCUGUUUGUGUGGUACUAAGCUGGAACUCGCCAAUCCAACGGGCAAAAGUUUCCAUGCUGUGAAGAGGCAGCUGAGUUUGGCUACCAGAAACUUAAUUUAGGUACGUUGUGCCCCGUGGUUUUUUUUGGCAUUUGGCGAAACCCUCAGUGAUAAUAUGUUUAAAUGUUGUACUUACUGGCUCGGAAGGUGGUUGGAUUGAAUGGCCUGACAUGGCACGGAUGUUUCCCAUCACAGCAAUCGGAUGGCCCUCGCUCCAGAUCAAGAUGUUUCUUUCCCAAGGUGCACCUUCCCUCUAAAAGGUUACCUUUCCUGCGAUUUGUACUCUUCAGGAAUUGGCUGGGCUCGCUGACCUUUGAGCAGACCCAGGAAGUCUCCCGUGGUGUUGACCUCCCCUCCCCUCCCCUCCCCUCCACCCCAAAAAGCGCUCGCUUUCCUGCCAGUGUUCGUUUUGCUUCUGUGCUCUCCAUGCUAAGUCUGCAUGUUCAUGUCUGUCCAUGGUACUAAGCCGGGCAGGCAACAUACUGGCCGAAACAUGGGGAGGGCUGCAAUUCCCAUGAUGUUGGGCUACGUUGGCUAGGGCGGCUGGAUUUUCAGAGCAGGCAUCUGGAGAAUUGUGCUCUUCCUAUUCCUUCCUCGCUUAAGGGAAUAAGGACUCCCCCACCAUCCCUUGUUGCUGGAGAAGCUUCAUAUUGGAAGCAAACUGGAAGUACCCCCUCUGCACAGAUCAGCCCGAGACCUUUCCUCCCCCCAUGGGCCUUCCUGUCCUUCAACAUUUGGAAGAGUUGUGCAUUUCCUGGCAGCAACACCAGCAGUGCCCCAUGUCAAGGGCCCUUUGCUCGGAAGGCCUCUUCUCCUGCAGGCUCCUGAUGCGACGGGCACCUCUCUUCUCGGGCCUUCUUUUCGUAUCAAGGCACUUUAGAAAUGCCAGUGGCGGUGCUGGCUUUAGGGAGCGCUUUCCCAGGACCUGCAGAAAUGCAUGGGCCACGUAUAUGACGUUUGGGGGAUGCUUUGCCGCUCUCCGUCUCUGUCUCUCUUCACCCAGAGCCAGUGGAAAUGUGCGUGAAGCGCUUAGAGGGUUUCAACCACCGGUCGGGGCGCACGCUGCUGUGCCAGAGUGCAGGGGGCUCCUGCCAGUCCAUGGGGGGCUGCGUCCUGCUUGCUGCGGACCGCGUGGGGGCUGGCUGUGUGCUCACUGCCUGUUCCUCGGAUGGCGUCACGAGCACGGAGAGAGGACUCGGCGGGGGUCGAUUUGUCUUUCGUUCUUUCAUUGGCAUUUUUGUUGCUCAGUUUCUGGUGGUUUGGAGAGUUUUCUUUCUUUUUUCUUUUUCUGGCAUUGCGUUUGGAAACUAAUACGCAGGAUACUGUGCUGUGUGUAUGGUGCUUUUUGUUUCUGCCUCGACGGCCCCCGAGGCAGCUUUCCUGCUUUUGCCGGUCCCCAGCUGUGGAAAGGUUGAAACCCACUGGCUUAGACCUCCAAACAUGGUUCAGCGAUUGUCCAGUUAAAGGAAGUCCAACUAAAACCAAAAGAAUUUAAGCAUUCAGACAAGGCCAAGGUGUUUUUAAUGGCAGUGACAAAAACUAGCUUCUCGUUCUGGGAACAUUGCUUUGGAUGGUCAGCCAGGGAGUGGGGUGAGGAAGCCACGGCCACCCAAAUGCUGGACUGCAGCACCCAUCAUCCCUGGCCAUUGGCCAUGCUGACUGGGGCUGAUGGGACAGAGGCUCCUCAGCUGUUCUAGAUUAACCCUAGACCUGCACCAGGGAGGCAAUGUACAACUUCGGUAUUUUGUGGGCAGGGGGAGUCUCCCCCUCUGUUCAGAACAGAAUUGCUUGAUGGAUCGUCUCUUAAGAGACAAAGAGGCUACAAAAUAAGCAUCCAGGUUAAAAGGCAUUGAUUGCUGUGAUUGUGAGUGUCCCUAAGUGUUUUGGAUAAAUGGAGAUGCAGAAAUAAGUGUUCAGCAGAAUCAGCUGCGCUAGGUGCUCGGCAGGCAUCCAGGAAUUGCUGUCUCUUUCUCUGCGAGAACUUAAUUUUUGGUGCUCUGCGUCUGGACGUGGGCUCAUUCUUUAAAUUUCUGCACUGUCCAAUAGCCACAGCUCUCUGGAUUAAAAUCUUAAAAGCACAUUAUAAAACUCCCAGGGGUACUCAUAAUACAAACAUACAGCAGACAGAGACCCACAGAUGAAACAACGGUUGUUUGCAAGAAAAAUUCAAGACAUUGUUAAUUACAGGGUACGCAAAAUCCUGCACAGGCAGAAAACGGUGGUGAUGGCAGAAAAGUGUGUGUUGUUUGUUACUGUAUAUGACAACGUGUGAUAGCGGUGAUAGGAAGCUGUCCGAACUGAGUUGAGCGAUGAGAUGUUUCUAAUCCGAAUUACCGGUUCAUUAAACGGAUCCUUUUGUUUUAAAGA